AUGGACACCUCCCCGGUCGGCGUGCUCCUGUCCUUGCCGGUCCUGCUGCAGCUGGCGGCCGUGGGCGGUUCGCCGAGGCCCGGCGCGCUGCUGCGGGGGUGCCCCGCGCACUGUCAGUGCGAGCCCGACGGCAGGAUGCUGCUCAGGGUGGACUGCUCGGACCUGGGGCUCUCGGAGCUGCCCGCCAACCUCAGCGUCUUCACCUCCUACCUAGACCUCAGUAUGAACAACAUCAGUCAGCUGCCCCCGAAUCCCCUGUACAGUCUCCGCUUCCUGGAGGAGUUGCGUCUGGAUGCCAACCACAUCAGCUACGUCCCCCCGAGCUGCUUCCGUGGCCUGCAUUCCCUGAGGCACUUGUGGCUGGAUGACAACUCCUUGACAGAAGUCCCUGUCCAGGCUUUCAGAAGUUUAUCAGCACUGCAGGCCAUGACCUUGGCCCUGAACAAAAUACACCACAUACCAGACUAUGCCUUUGGAAACCUCUCCAGCUUGGUAGUUCUGCAUCUCCAUAACAAUAGAAUUCACUCCCUGGGAAAGAAAUGCUUUGAUGGGCUCCACAGCCUAGAGACUUUAGAUUUAAAUUAUAAUAAUCUUGAUGAAUUCCCCACUGCCAUCAGGACACUCUCCAACCUUAAAGAACUAGGAUUUCACAGCAACAAUAUCAAGUCAAUACCCGAGAAAGCAUUUGUAGGCAAUCCUUCUCUUAUUACAAUACAUUUCUAUGACAACCCCAUCCAGCUUGUUGGAAGAUCCGCUUUUCAACAUUUACCUGAACUAAGAACGCUGACUCUGAAUGGCGCCUCACAAAUAACUGAAUUUCCUGAUUUAACUGGAACUGCGAGCCUGGAGAGUCUGACUUUAACUGGAGCCCAGAUCUCAUCUCUUCCUCAAACCGCCUGUGAUCAGUUACCCAAUCUGCAAGUGCUGUGCGUAUCAGGAAGGCAGUGACAUUGUGUAAACAGGCAACUUCCAUUUAGGAGCGAAAUGGCAGGCGCUCUUUCAAUAAUCCUUGAAAAGGGGAGAAAGUUCUUUCCUUGAGGGCUCCAGGAGGUCGGUGCUCCCUCGCCCCUGUGGGCCGAGGAAGUGGCUCUCUGAUGUGACCCCGGUAAUGGUGGUGGCUGGCACACCCUUGGUUCCCAAGGUCCCAUCAGUCUCCCAUCAGGGUUUCAACUGGCACACGUUUCCUGUCAGAAAAG